AUGGCGGGUGGAAUCACAGACACGGGGGAGCCCUACUCUGCUUUUGUGGGGCUGGUGUACAUGUUCAACCUGAUAGUGGGUACGGGAGCGCUCACUAUGCCCAGAGCCUUUGCCAACGCCGGCUGGGUGGUCAGCUUGACACUCAUCUGCUUCCUGGCGUUUAUGAGUUACAUGACGACCACUUUCGUGAUCGAGGCGAUGGCAGCAGCCAAUGCUCAGCUGCGAUGGAAGAGGAGAGAGCAGGACGAGAUCAAUGACAACAACUCCAACUCCGACUACUCAGACGAUGACAGCCCCGUGAGAGGGCGGGCUGAACCCGAGACCAAGCCCAUUUUGUCAAUCCAGCGUUCUGCAGGUCCUGUGGACCACUUUGAAAUCGCCGAGCGAGUGGAGAUGGGCCAGAUGGCGUCUAUGUUCUUCAACAAAGUCGGUGUCAACAUGUUCUACAUCUGCAUCAUCGUGUACCUGUACGGCGACCUGGCCAUCUACGCAGCAGCUGUGCCCAUUUCCCUCAUGGAGGUGGCCUGUGGAAACCAUUCAUGCAGCGCGGGAGCCGUAAAGUACAAUGACACGGACGCAUGCUGGGGCUCGGUGACCAGGAAAGAUGCCUACAGAGUCUUUCUGAGCGUUUUCACUGUUCUUUUGGGACCGUUCACCUUUUUCAAUGCCCAGAAGACGAAAUACCUUCAAAUCCUCACGUCACUCAUGCGCUGGAUUGCGUUCACCAUGAUGAUCAUCCUGGCGCUGAUGCGCAUCGGGUCGGGCGCAGGUGAGGGCCGCCCCCCGGCCGCCUCGCUAGCUGGCGUCCCCAACCUGUUUGGCGUGUGCGUCUACUCCUUCAUGUGCCAGCACUCUCUGCCGUCGCUGGUGACACCCAUUUCGGACAAGAAGCGAGUGGGCUGCUUCGUCCUGGCCGACUACGUGCUGAUCCUUGGCUUCUAUGUGCUGCUGUCUUUUACCGCCAUCUUCUGCUUCGAUAGCGCGCUCAUCCACGACAUGUACACGCUCAACUUCACGGACAACUGCCGCGUUCUGGAUGUGCCCGUGCUGCGGUAUUUCCUGGGCCUCUUCCCAGUCUUCACCAUUAGCACCAAUUUUCCCAUCAUUGCCGUCACGCUUCGCAACAACUGGAAGACAUUGUUCCACCGGGAUGGAGGCACGUACCCAUGGGUGGUGGACAGAGUGGUGUUCCCGCUGAUCACGCUGGUGCCGCCCGUGCUGGUGGCCUUCUGCACACACAAUCUGGAGUCGCUGGUGGGCAUCACAGGGGCCUAUGCCGGCACGGGCAUCCAGUACGUGGUGCCCGCCCUGCUGGUCCACCACGCUCGGCGCCAUGUGGAGCCGGUCACAGCGCGCCAUGCCGUCAACCAACACCGCUCGCCCUUUCGCCACGCCGCCUGGGUCUGGUUCGUGGUACUGUGGGCCGUUUUCUGCCUCAUGUUUGUUACCGCCAACAUCAUCCUGACCGAUGUCAAAAAGUGA